CCUGGUCAAAGAUGGCGGGCGGUGACACGUCAAGGGGAGGGCAGAGGGGACGGUUCCGGGUGGCGAAAGGCGAGGGCUUCGGCGCGAUGGCGGCGGCGGGCAGGGAGGAGGCGGCGGCGGCGGCGGCGAUGGCCUGCCUGAAGCGGGGCGGUCCGGGGGCGGCGGAGUCGCUGUUUGAGGCGCACACGGCGGCGGAGCUGCGGGCGGUGGAGCGGCGCCUGCGCGCGGGCAUCGAGGGGAAGCGCGAGGAGCUGCGGCAGAUGGUGGGCGAGCGCUACCGGGACCUCAUCGAGGCGGCAGACACCAUCGCGGAGAUGCGGCUCAGCGCACAGCGCCUCCUGGAGGCCGUGAGGGGAUUGCAGCGCCAGCAGCAGCAGCAGAGGCAGGACGGCGCCAAGGGGAGGAGGGCGGCCCCGCCAACAGCGCCCCCUGCCGCCCAGUCGCAGGAGAAGUUCUAUUGCUUGGCAGCACAGAUCCAGCUCCUGCUGCAGAUUCCUGAGAAAAUCUGGAGUGCCAUGGAGUCCUGUCAGUACCUGUAUGCUACCCAGUUGUACCUGCUGUGCUGCCACCUCCAUGGGCUCCUGCAGUUGGAUUCUUCUGGCACCCGCUACAGCCCAAUUUUGGCGCGCUUCCCUAUCCUUGCACGACAAGUAGCAGCAGCCAGCCACUUUCGGUCAACUAUUCUACAGGAGAGUAAGUCCCUGCUAAAAUCCCAGACUGUUCAGGAUCAAGGAGUAGCAGAGGCCUUGUGCGCAGCCAUGCUUCUUGAGGAUAGUUCUCCACGCCAGGCUCUUGCAGAUUUUCUGCUGGCCAGGAAGUCUGCGAUCCAGCAGCUUCUGAAUCAGCCUCAUCACGAUGCUGGCAUAAAAGCGCAAGUCUGCUCCUUGGUGGAUCUCCUAGCCACAACGUUGUUUCAGGCUCAUGCCCUCUUCUAUACACUGCCAGAAGGAACACCAGCAGAUCCAUCUCUUCCCUGUGGCUUGCUCUUUUCAACAUUGGAGACCAUCACAAGUCAGCACCCAACAGGUAAAGGCAUCACAGUUUUGAAUGAAGAAAGCAAGUUGAGCAGCUCCUUCAAACACUUGCCGUCUUCUGUCACAGAAUUCCAGCCAGCGCUCAGGACUUUGGCACAUCCCAUUAGCCAGGAUUACCUAAAAGACACCCUCCAGAAAUGGAUCAAUGUCUGCAAUGAAGAUAUCGUAUCUGGGAUCACAAGCCUGCUGGUGUAUGUGAAAAGCCUGAAAGGUUUGGCUGGGAUCCGUGAUGCUGUAUGGGAGCUGCUCACUAGUGAGUCCAUGAGUCAAAACUGGGAAACAGUAUGUCGCUGUCUUCUUGACAAGCCCUUCUCUCUCUGGGAAGAUCUGUUACGGCAACUCUUCUUGAACAGGUUACAGACACUGACAGAGGAAGGAUUUGAUGACAUCUCCAGCAGCUCCAGAGAGCUCCUUGUUCAGGCUGUACAGGAGCUUGAGACUAAAUUUGACGCUUCUGCCCCCAACAAGAGCAUCCUCUUUGAACAUAACAUGGCUUCCUUCUUAUGGUCAGAGAAUCCUAAUGACUUGCCACCUGAUGCUGCUUGGAUCAGUGUGGGGAACCGCAGCCAGUUCGCCAAGAGUGGGUUGUCCAUGAAGGCUCAGGCCCACAGCCCUGGAGUCCAGAGCUUCUGCAGUGCUUUGGAUUCCAAACUCAAGGCCAAACUGGACGACCUUCUCUCUUACCUGCCUACGGAUUCCCCUUCAUCUAAGGACAUUCAGCAGAUCCAGUCCAGGAACUCUGCCUUUGACAGAUUUGCUGAUGCAGGGACGGUGGAGGAGUUGUUGCGCAGCCACUGUAUCCGCUGUGUGGAUCAUGUGCUGGAUUGUGUUCGGGGAGAGCUGUGCCGUGCUCAGAAAGUGCUCCAGGGGUGUAAAGAUGCUUUGCACAACCCCCAGAUUAACACUGUCCUUUUCAUGGCGCGGCUCUGUCGGUCGUUAGGGGAGCUGUGCCCACACUUGAAGCAGUGCAUCCUGGGGAAAUCAGGCUGCCCAGACAAUGUGACCAGAGACCCCUGGCCUCUGAAAAAGGCGGGGAAAGGGAAGACUCAGGAAGUGAACCCUAUCAAGUCAAAAUGGCAAGAACUGAAGGAACGGCUGCUGCAGAAUAGCCUGGCUGCCUAUCAGAUCUGGAGCAUCACUGUUGCAAAAAUCCUGGUCCAGAGUUUCGCAAAGUCGCUGCUAAAGGAUGAACCUGGGUCCAUUCUGGCAACUGCCACCAACUGGGAGGAGAUUGAAAUUGAGGAAGAGACUGAAACUGGAAGCAGUGUAAAGUCCAAGAUACGGCUACCUGUCCAGCCAUCGUGGUGUGUUCAGUCCCUUCUCUUCAGCCUGUGCCAAGAGGUCAAUCGAGUCGGAGGUCACACUCUUCCCAAGGUCACCUUGCAAGAAUUGUUGAAGACUUGUAUGACUGAAGUAUUAGCUGGUUAUGAAAAGCUCUCUGAAGUGAAACAGGAAAAGAAGGAAGGAACGUUACCCAUGACUCAGAACAGAGCUUUGCAACUCUUAUAUGAUCUUCGGUAUCUGAAUAUAGUUUUGACGGCCAAGAGCGAAGAUAUGAAAAGCAGCAGAAACAAACAAGAUUCCAGGAUUGAGAAGCAUACAGACUUUCUGGAGAGUUAUAUUGAUCCUUUUGACUUGGAUGUAUUUACUCCACACUUGAACAGCAACCUUAAUCGUCUUGUGCAGCGAACCUCUGUUUUGUUUGGCUUAUUAAUGGGAUCAGAGAAUCAGUACAGCAGCCGAAGCAGUACUUUAACGUCUCAGGAACUGCAUAACAUCCUACCUCUUGCAUCUUCUCAGAUCAGAUUUGGACUGUUACCUCUUAGUAUGUCAAGCUCUCGUGCGACUAAGUCAGCUCUGAGAAACAGUGAACAUAAACCUCAGUAUGAUGCAGACGAAUAACCCCUGAAGAACAUUGUUGGGCAGACUCCAACUACUGCCUUUAUGAGAGAAGAAACCUUUCGCCCUGGUUCCCUAUUCAAGCAGCUUGCAGCAGAGGAAGAAGACACAGCAACACCAUCUUUGUUUAAACUUGGCUGGCUUUCAAGCAUGACUAAAUGAUGAGCCAAUAAAAUAUGAACUCUUGUA